AUGAACAAACUCGUUUUAAUUGCUUUAGUCACCCUUUUCGCAGGUGUCAUGGCUGACAACUAUGCUGUCUUAGUUGCUGGUUCUAAUGGUUAUGGUAACUACAGACAUCAAUCUGAUGUAUGCCAUGCCUAUCACACUCUCUUAGCCAAGGGAUACAGUGCUAACAAUAUCAUCGUUUUCUCUUACAAUGACGUUGCUAACAACAAAUAAAACCCCUUCAAGGGCACCCUCUUCAACAAACCUACCUACAAAAACCCUGGUGUUGAUGUUAACUAAGGUUGUGUUAUCGAUUAUGAAGGUAAAGAUGUUACACCUGCUAACUAUCUUGCUGUCCUCAAGGGUUUAAAGGAUUAAGUUAAGGGUGGAAACAAGAGAGUUCUUGAAUCUGGUCCUGAUGAUCACGUCUUCUUGUCUUUCUUCGACCACGGUGCUCCUGGUUUGAUUGCUUUCCCUAGCUAAUAUCUCUACGCUAAGGACUUACAAGAUGCUUUCGUCUACAUGUACAACAACAACAAGUACGCUAGAUUAGUCUACUACUUGGAAGCCUGUGAAUCUGGUUCCAUGUUCUAGAAUUUACCUGCUAACAUUAACAUCUACGCUCUCUCUGCUGCUAGUCCUGAUGAGUCUUCUUGGGCUGCUUACUGCGGUAGCGAUGCUGUUGUUAACAACAAGAAUAUUGGUUCAUGUUUGGGUGACUUGUUCUCCGUUAACUGGUUGGAAGACACUGAUGCUCAUACUGAUCUUUCUAACUACAGUCUCUAAGAAUAAUUCGUCGUCGUUAAGAACUUAACUACUGAAUCCCAAGUUAUGUAAUGGGGUGACCUCGAAUUCACCAGUGAACCUGUUGGCGACUACUUGAGUGGUAGCACUACUCCCUCUAAGAAGGUUAACAACUACCUUAGAGCUUUCUUCGCUUAUGGUAAUGAAGAAAAUAUUUUCAAUCAACCUAAGAAGGGUCUUCUUAACUCCAGAUAAGCUACUCUUAACUACUUACUCAACAAAUUCUAAUCUAAACCUACUUCUGAAAACUUCUAAGAACUCUCUGAAGCUCUUAAGUUGGUUGAAAAGUUCGCUAGAAAGUUCGUCUAAUUCGCUGAAAAGUUCGUCUUAAAGGGUUCUUCUAAUGCCUUAACCACUAACUUCUCUUGCUACUCUAACUUAAUUGACUAAUUCGAAAGCACUUGCGGUAAGGUCCCUGAAUCCAAGUUGGGUGAAUUGAAGUACUUCUACGAAUUCUGCGGUCAAGAACGUUUCUCUAAUGUCAAUACUCUCCAAUUCUUCUAAUCCAUCUGCUGA